AUGAUUAGGAGACAAACACGACUUCGCCGCGAAUACUUAUAUCGCAAGUCUUUGGAGACCAAAGACAAACAGAUUUUUGAGCGAAAGCAAAAGAUUAAAGAGGCCAUCCGAGAACCCACAACACAUAUCGAUGAUGAAUACGCGCGGGCUGGCGUCCACGAUCCAAAAGUUUUGAUUACGACCUCUCGUGAUCCGAGUAGCCGGCUCCAACAAUUUGCAAAGGAAAUGCGAUUAAUUUUUCCAAAUUCACAACGUAUCAAUCGUGGUAACUAUGUGAUUAAAGAAAUUGUGGACGCGUGUAGAGCUAACGAUGUCACCGAUUUAAUAAUAUUGCACGAGCAUCGUGGUGAACCUGUGUCUCAUCUUCCUUAUGGUCCGACAGCUUUCUUCUCAUUACAUAAUGUUGUUUUAAGACAUGAUAUAAAAGAUGAAGCCACAGUAUCAGAAGCGUAUCCUCACUUAAUAUUCCAUAAUCUUAAUUCUAAACUUGGUCAUCGGGUGAUGAACAUUCUAAAAUAUUUAUUUCCGGUCCCAAGAGAGGAUAGUAAACGAGUGAUGACUUUUGCGAAUGAUAACGACUAUAUCUCUUUUCGACAUCAUGUUUAUAUAAAGACGAGUCAUAAAGACGUGCAAUUAGCGGAGGUGGGACCGAGAUUUGAAAUGCGAGUUUACGAAAUCAAAUUGGGUACUGUUGAUCUUAAGGAUGCAGACACAGAAUGGGUAUUACGACCAUAUCAGCGAACUGCAAAGAAACGAGACCAAUUAUAA